GUGCACCACAUUGCACAGUGCACAGCCGGUGUCCGUCCGACCGGGCCCGUCACCCGGCCGGUCCUCCCAUAUCGCCCUGAUAGCCCGGCCCGGCCCGGCACGGACUACGGCUCAGCACGGCACGGCCCGGCACGGCCCGGCACGCUAUACGGUGGGGCCCCGCUGUCCAACCGCUACGGCCGGACACGGACGUGACGCACCGUGACACUGACGUCAUCGUCCCGACGUCACGUCGUGCUGACGCAGCCGUAGCGCAGCCGUAGCACGGACGUAGCGCAGCCGUGGUGUGAACAGCAGUGCGGCGUUGACGGCGGUGAAUACCAGUGGCGCACCGCGCAGCGACGGCUGGCAAAGUGAGCUGUGGUGCCGGCCAGUGACGACGUGAUCUACCACACAGCCAGCGGGUUCGACGGCAUUGAACCGUGUUGCCAAGUGGUGCCUCAAUCAGGACAUUAUUCAUCACGGGCGUGGUAUUUCCGAGUCGAUUGGUGUCUUCUCAGAGACGUUCCAGUACUGUAGUGCGCGCUAUGGCGGAUUACGAGUUUCUGGAGCCGCGCGGUCUGGACCUGGCCUCCAGCCGGACUCCGGUCGGCCCGCCGAAGCCGCCGCGGCUGCACAGCGCCGGUGACCUGUGCGACGUACCGAGGCGGGGCACGCCGCCACACAUCUCCGUCACGGCGCCCCCGGAGCCGGUGUGGUACGAGGACCGGCGCGUGGGGCCGCCGCCGCCCGCCGACACCGUGGACCGACUGAAACUGGCCGGCUCGUUCGACUCGCUGGACUCGGAGACCAUGGUCUCCGUGGGAGAGAUGGCCGACCUGGACACGCUGCUGGCUGACCUGCAGAACAGCAUUGGUUACGGGCAGCCCAGUUCUAGCCACUCGUCCCCGGCCCGGCCCAGGAAGGCUGUCACACUGCAGCGCGAUGCCAGCCCGAGCCGGUACACGGAGGUUGUGUCGGAGACCAAGCGGACCGUGCGGCGCGAGGAGACUCCUCCACCAGCCGAGCAGACUUCCGGCGGGAUGAGGCAGCUGGACGCCCUGCUACACGACCUCAAUGAGGCGCGCUACAACACCCUCGGCAGCCAGGGCAAAGAGUCGCCGUCUCCGCCUGUCUCCAACAUGGUGGCCGUCCAACCGGCCUCUCACGACGAAUUGGACAUCAUCCCCAGUCCGAACGCCAAGACGUUUGAGACGCGGACGGUGACGGUGACGGAGAGCGUGCCGGAAGGAUGUCACAACACCUCGUCGGCCACCCAGGAGCUGGACGACUUGAUGGCCUCCCUCUCCGACUUCAAGAUUCACGCCACCUCGUACCAGCGCACAGUGGUGGAGGAGACCCACGACCCGCCGCUCGAGCAGCCGGCCAAGACUAGUCAGCUGGACACCAUGCUGGGUAACCUACAGGACGACAUGGACAGGCAGGGCGUCAACACGGCCGUCAAAGGCACCUGCGCCGCCUGCGGACAGCCGAUCGUGGGACAGGUGAUUACGGCGCUGGGUAAAACGUGGCAUCCUGAACACUUCACCUGUAGCCACUGCAACAUGGAGCUGGGCAACAAGAACUUCUUCGAGCGGGACGGCCAGCCGUUCUGCGAGCACGACUACCACCAGCUGUUCUCGCCGCGCUGCAGCUACUGCCGCGGACCCAUACUGGACAAAUGCGUCACGGCCCUGGGUCAAACCUGGCACCCGGAGCACUUCUUCUGCGCCCAGUGCGGCCAGCCGUUCGGCGACGCCGGCUUCCACGAGCGCGACGGCAAGGCCUACUGCAGGCAGGACUACUUCGACAUGUUCGCGCCGCGCUGCGCCGGCUGCGGCCAGCCCGUCAUGGAGAACUACAUCUCGGCACUCAACGCCCAGUGGCACUCGGAGUGCUUCGUCUGCACGGACUGUAAGCAGACGUUUGCAAACGGCUCGUUUUUCGACUACGAGGGUCAGCCGUAUUGUGAGACCCACUACCACGCCAAGAGGGGCUCGCUGUGCGCCGGCUGCCACAAGCCCAUCACAGGCCGGUGUGUCACUGCCAUGUUCAAAAAGUUUCACCCGGAACACUUUAACUGCUCGUUCUGUCUGAAACAGCUCAACAAGGGCACGUUCAAGGAGCAGGACGACAAGCCCUACUGCCACCAGUGCUUCGACAAGCUGUUCGGCUGAGUCACCCGCGGGAUACCAGUGAGAAGGGGCCCAAGUCCUCGGAACGAUACUCUGGGCCGACUGAGGAGGGUCACUCUAGGCUGUGCGGAGCCGCUUCAAAUACUUACUCAGUGUAUCGAUGAUACAAGUGGCGUUUUGGCGAUGACUCAUCUCCGACUGACGUCGACUCGCCAUCAUUUGCCAUCUGUUCAUCAGCUGAUGCCAAAUUCUCAUCAGAUGCCAUCAUAUAGCCAUCAGGUUACGUCGUCCCGCCACUACACGGCAUCACUUCGUCAUACGAUGAUGCUGCAUUGCUGGAUUCCCUGUGUGCUUCAUUGGCGGGCAUGCAGGAUGCCUGCCGUUCUUGUCAGACGACCCACCCUUGACGGGGCUGAAUCGCAGAGAGCUUGGCCGUGUGGGUGCUGGAUGAUCUUGGAUAACCCCUGGCAUGAUCUUGGCUCUCCACCUUCUAGGAGGAACGCUAAGUUUGAACGAAGCUUGCACAUGACUUUAACCUUCGGAGAAACGUAAAAAGUUUGUUCUUUAACAGUUUAUGUAGAUUAGUCAGCCUAACAUUUCGGAUUACACAACACAACCUCUGAGAUCUGGAUGUUCGCGUGUGCGUGUCGUGGAUGAGAAUGCCCGGGGUUCGAAUGGACAGCCAAGGGUUGAACGCAGGCGACUUAACCUAAACAUCUGAACUCAACUCUGGCCUCUGACCCGAACUGGCCGCAGUUCAUCCACCCUAGGUCGGUUCUUGAAGCGAUUUAUGUACAGGUCACACUAGCCACAAAUGGCCUAGCGACCUAUGUAUAUCGCCUGCUUCUCUAUCGCAUCUUGCCGAUGCAAAUGAAGACAGGCAACCGACUCAUGCUUUAGCGCGCGAUAGUUGAUCGCACACGUAUGCUUGCUUGUUGUAUGUGAGUUUCUGUGUUUGCUAGAGGCCUGUAUGUUGUCUAAUGAAGGGGCGAUGUGCCAAAGCCCCGUUCACCGGGUUUUAAUGGUGUUCUGUUCAAACAGUACUUACCGUAGCACCAGUGUAUGUUGUAUUAGAAAAGAGGGGCCACGGCCCAUCAAACUGCGGAGAUAUUUAACAAACCAUAAUACCGAUGGGUAGAGGUGGUUAGGCCGUUGACAUGUUGAAGCGGUUGACAUUAACUCUCUGGUAUAUGUCUUUUUCUCGCGGUGUGCCAAGUUGGUAGUCUGUCAUAUAAUGAUGUCUCAUACACUGCCUGUGCUUCAUGAAGUCACCUCUGGAUAGUAGGUAUGAGGUCAUCAUCUAAAAUCGCCGUGAGAUUGGUCUGUAUCUCUGAAGACACGCUCCUUUCUUAUCUUACCUGAGACCAGCGAUACGCCUGUGUACUCUGCUUGAUAAUAUGCAUGUUAGCCUCAUCAGUAGCCAGUGUGACGAUGUUAUACUAGCUAGUGACAUCAAUGUAACCACAUCCUACCAGUCA